CUGGACCUGAAACUUCGAAAAUAAAGAAGUUCUGUCAUUUGAAAUUUGUUUACGAAUACCAUACUUAAAUGUACAUUGUUUGAGACUCCGGAAUUACACAAUGUUAUCUCAUUUCCAUUAUGCUGUUCAUUAAUUGGAUGAUUAAUUCGAAGUUGAGUCAAUUAUUCUAUAGAACGUGGAUGUUCAAUAAUUUCUGAGGGCACGAAAUGAGGAAUUUCUAUUUAUCAAUGAUGCUAGUUUGGAUUAUGUUCCAUUUAUCGAGUACUGCUUUCACUAGAAGUGAUUGCAACAAACCAGUAGAAAAGGGACCCAUUUAUUGCAAAGCAGCCCUGGUAGUUUAUAGCUGGAGAGGGGGUAAAUGUCAAGAGGCAAUUUACGGUGGAUGUUUCCCCUCAGCAAAUAAUUUUCAAACAUUGGAACAAUGCCAGAAGGUUGCUGGGAAGAUUUGUAAAUGAGGAAUCCAUGAAUUAUUCUUUUUGACACCAACAUUUGUUAUGAAUCAAUUUGCAAGACUUGUUAUUAAUAAAUAAUAUAUUUCCAAUUGA